UCGGUGCACUCUUCAGCGGUUGCCGAGCCGAGCGGACGCCCCUCGGGGCCGCGCCGCAGCCCUCCGCGCCCCUGCUUAUCAUGCCCCGGGCCCGGGCCCGGCAGCAGAAGCAGCCAGGACACCAUGCCGGAAGGCGAAGGUGGAGAUUGCGGGGAGGUGCCCGCGCUCGUUCCGGACGGCGAGCCGCUGCGGGAGGAGCAGCGGCCCCUGAAGCAGUCCCUGGGAGGCUCUCUAUGUCGAGAGUCUCACUGGAAGUGCCUGCUCCUCACACUGCUCAUCCAUGCCUGUGGGGCUGUGGUGGCCUGGUGUCGCUUAGCCACUGUGCCCCGCCUGGUCCUGGGGCCUGAGGCAGCCUUGGCUCGUGGGGCUGGCGGUCCACCGCCCACCUACCCAGCCAGUCCCUGCUCCGAUGGCUACCUGUACAUCCCAUUGGCCUUCGUCUCCCUCCUCUACCUCCUCUACCUGGCAGAGUGCUGGCACUGUCAUGUGCGGUCAUGCCAGGCGCCUCGCACUGAUGCCAACACCGUGCUUGCCCUGAUCCACCGGCUGCAACAGGCUCCUCCCUGUGUCUGGUGGAAGGCCACCAGCUACCACUAUGUGCGACGCACACGCCAGAUCACUCGCUACCGCAAUGGGGACGCCUAUACCACCACACAGGUCUACCAUGAGAGAGCGGACAGUCGCACAGCUCGGGGUGAGUUUGACUACAGUGCACAUGGUGUCCGUGACGUCUCCAAGGAGCUCGUGGGCCUGGCAGACCAUGCAGCCACGCGGCUGCGUUUCACCAAGUGCUUCAGCUUUGGGAGUGCUGAGGCCGAGGCCUCGUACCUCACACAGAGGGCCCGCUUCUUCAGUGCCAACGAGGGCCUGGACGACUACCUAGAGGCCCGCGAGGGCAUGCAUCUGAAGGAUGUGGACUUCCGUGAGUCCCUCAUGGUCUUUGCAGAUCCCCGCAGCCCACCCUGGUAUGCCCGAGCCUGGGUCUUCUGGCUGGUGUCUGCAGCCACACUGUCCUGGCCACUGCGAGUGGUGGCAGCCUAUGGGACAGCCCACGUGCACUACCAAGUGGAGAAGCUUUUCGGUGCCAGCUCACCACCCCCAGGGGCUGUGCCCAAUGGGCCACCACUCUCUCGUGUGGCCACUGUGGACUUCACAGAGCUUGAGUGGCACAUCUGCUCCAACCGGCAGCUGGUGCCCAGCUACUCCGAGGCUGUGGUCAUGGGUGCCGGCUCUGGGGCCUACCUGCGAGGCUGCCAACGCUGCCGCCGCUCGGUCAGCAGCAACUCCCUGCCUCCUGCCCGUCCCAGUGGGCCUCGCCUACCCUUCAGCCGCAGCCGCCUCUCGCUAGGUGCUGGGGGCCGAGCCACCCCAGGGGUCUUCCGCAGCUUGAGUGGAGGCCCCUUGGGGCGCAGAGGGGAGGACACGGAGCCUCUGGAAAGCCCUCCGUGCUAUGAGGACGCCCUUUACUUCCCGGUGCUCAUUGUCCAUGGAGACAGCGGCUGCCGGGGAGAUGGGCAGGGUGCACUUUGAGAUACCCGCCCCCUACAGUCCCAGAAGUCCCAGAACACCCCUCUCUCCUCACCAUCUCACCACGGGCUUGAAUGUCUGAAUAACUGUCAAAAACAGGAAAGAAAACAGACCAGCCAUGCACAAGGGGUGGGAGUGGAGUGGGAUCCUUAGACUAAAAUGUGGUGACACGUGGUCCUUUGAGGAGGAAGUAAACAGCAUCUAAGUCGAGUCUGUAAUCUGUCCCCAGCAUGGCUCCCCAACCAUCACCAUGACCCCCUGUGAUAGUAGAUGAUGCUGGGCAGGGAGAGAAGCUUCCAGAAACACUGGGAUGGGGAGGAGACCUGGGCACAACUGUCUGCCUCUCUGCCAUAGCUGAGCUACAUGGGGAGCCCUCCAGCAACAUAGAAGCACAAACCGGUGGCUUGGGACCAUGCCCAGCUGAGAUGGCUGUCCUGAAGCAGAACAGCUGACUGUGGCUGCCCCAUAGCUCGGUCCCCUGCCCACCAGACUUCCCAUCCCCUUCUGCUCCAUCCCUCUCAUCUGCCCUCUGGCCUCUGCUCGGGGCAAGUGCCCUGAUUAUCCCUAGACCCUAAGGUGUGUGGUCAGUCCCUCCGCAGCACCCGUUGUCAGAGCACAGUUGCUCUCCUCCCCCACCUUGGCCUCCCUGGUUCCUGCUGCACCCUCACUACAUCCAGCUUUCCUUGUGACCCAGGUUUUCCAACUCUGAGCCCCAGCAUCCUAAAAUUCCUACCUGCCUCUGUCAGCCACACGAUACCUGUCCCCGCCAUUCCCCCAGGCUUCUCUGCUCUUCACUUUCUAGGUGAGCCACAGGACGACAGGGCAUCCGAGGGGCUCUGCCCUGGCCACAGCCUCUUGGACGAUGCCCUGGCCUUGCCUUGAAGGCCCCUGCUUCUCCCAUUCAUGGAGCCUGUCCAGGGGACACCAUCCCUCCCUAGGGAGAACAGAAUCAUCCCUUCCCUUCCAACUGGGGAUUCCACCCCCUCUCAGGGGCUGGCGGGGGAGGGAGGAGACAGAGAAAACUAAAUAAAGUUAUGAAACAGGAAA